AUGAGAAACACUGAAGUCAAUUUCAUCGAGAUUCCCGGAUUUCACGUGUGGACUCAGUUUUUCGUUAACGCUCAACCACCGACUAUUCCUCUGAACCCACUUGAUCAUUUCACAUUUUGUAUUUCCUAUGCCAAAUAUGCGCAAAACCCAACAGCAGAGAACAUCAUCGGAAAUAUUGCGCCAGACUUGGGAUGGAAAGAUCUGCCGAUGCCAACACAACUCCAUGUUCAAUCGGCGUUCCCAUUUAACGCGCUCCGCGGACACCCUUGCGUCGCCAACUGGCUCGAACCUUUUGAUAUCAGCAAAAUGAAACCGGCGACCACUUUGCUGGAGGAAAUGAGCGAUUGCUUCACUUUCUACUCGUUGGUUUUCAUGCAACUUGGAGUUCCUUCGUCUCUCCCCAUUAUCGAUAUGAUGCGAGCUUCUGCUAAGCUCCGUUUUCUCUGCCGCGUCCCACUCUGCAAAUUUUUCAAUGUUGGCUGCAAAAGCAAUGAGGAUCCAGCGCUCAGAAACAGAGCGGAAGAAGAAAAGUGCAUCAAGGAGAUCAUUCUCUGGAACAAACUGAUGAUGGAUCACGUGAUCCACUACGACGUCAAAAUGAAAAUGAAAUUCUGA